CCAAGCGAAGGAGCUCAAUCCUUGGGAAUUUGGGCAGACGAGGUACAUUCCCUGCGAGACUAGGAUCAAGUCUUCGCACAUGUCUAUUGCCUGCUUGCAACUCGCAAGCUGGAUUCGUUUGCUGUUUCGCCUGACCCUCGGCUGCUCUGUGUUGGUCGGACCACCGGCGAUAUCCUCGUUGAAGGGCUUUCCUUGAGCCUUCUCAGCUGCGAAGGCGCUUCACGGCGCAACCAUGAGCUUGGCGACGGUUAGGAUCUGCUGACUAUAUCGACGCCUGUUACCCCCUAGGAGCCGACUUCUAGAUGUCUCACGAAUCGUUCUGUCAAGGCUUCCCUUGAGCAUUCUCAGCUACGAAGCGCAACCAUGGACUUGGCUACGGCUAUCGCUCAGCGACUCGACGAAAUCGGUUACUCCCUCGCCGACGCGAACGCUCCUUCGCUCGAAGCGGUAGACCUGCUUCUCAAUCACACGGAGCAGCGCAUUCACUUCCUCGACUGGGCCUUCACCAGGAUUCUCGGCUCUGUGCACUCGAAUUGUGAUGGCCAUGCAGCGUCAGCUGAAGAGAUCGAUGACGUGGAGGCUCGCGUGUGUCACUCGGCCGUGCUGCUGGGGCUGGCUCAGGGCGAGGGCAUGGACGCUGCCAGGGGAUUGGGGGGGGUGCCAGAGCGAGCGAAGUGGCUUCUGGAUGUGGCUCAGAUGGUGGAGGACCAGGAGAGGCUAUGGAGCAGGCCGCCUGAUCAUUUGUCGUUCGACUCGUUCGGGCCACCUUCACUGGCCGCCUGUCUGCAGUCCUCCUCCUUCCCGCCUCUCUUCUCACCUGACCUGCUCGACCGAGCCACAGCUGGUGCUGCCAACAGCUCCGUUAACAGCAUAGAGGAGGCGGAUCAACGGCUGGUGGACUUGAGGGAGAGGAAGCAGCAGAUCCACGAUGAAACCAUCCUGCUGGCGGCUCAGUGUGUGGUGGACCCCCUGCGAGACCAGAGCCAGCAGCACACCACAGCUGCUGAUGCGAAUCUCACUGCUGCUGUGCGGCGGUACCUCAGCCUUGCUAACGAGGUUGCCAAUAAAGUGGACAGGGACCUGCUCCCUUGGAUGCAGCGCAACCCCCCCCCUCGUCCCAUCAAGUUAGGCCCUCGAGCCUCUGCCGUGCACCGGCAACACUCUGCUGUUCUCCAGAUCCUGGCGGGCUUGCAGGUGGUGCAGGAGACAGCACCAGCACUGCAUGAGGCAGCGACCGUGGCAGCAGGCACAGCCACACCAAAAGUCAAGGAGUGGUGGGAUGCAGUGGCAGCUGUGACUGCUGGCACAGAAGCGACCAUUCACACUCUCAGGUCGGAGAUUGCAGCGCUGACUCAGUCCCAGGCACAGCAGCAUGCCAAGUGAAGGGGCGGUGGGAGGGGGUGGGGAGCAGGAGGGGGUGGCAGCAGGACUGCAAGCGUGGAAGGAACCAUUCAGCCACUGAGGUCGAAAAUAACUUGUCUGGCUCCGACCCAGGUGCAGCCUGGCCCCAGGCGAACGAGGGGUGGAGAGUGGCAGCUGUAGCCUACAGUGGGGGGAACCACCAUUCACUUUCGCAGAUUGGGAAAAGCCGUGCUGCACUGACUCAGCUCCACCCAUUCUGACUCGGCUCCACCCUUUCUGACUCAGCCCCACCCAUUCUGACUCAGCCCCACUCAUUCUGACUCAGCAUUCUGACGCAACUCCCCCAAAACUAACUCUGCCUUUCCCCUAUAAGCAGGAUGCCUCAAACUGGACAUUCAUUUGACACCAGUGUCAAAAGACUAGCUUAGCUAGGAAGCCAUAGAAUGGCACAAGGUUUAGCUAGGAGCUAGGAGGAGCCAUGAGAAUGGCGAGAGGUUUUAGGUGCUAGGAAAGUUGAGGAGAGAAAAGAGGUUGGGAAUAGAAGAGAGAGGGAUACAAGGAGAGGUGUUGUACCUUCUAUCGUAAAGUUCAGUAAGCUACCAAGCCUAACAAUUAUAUAACACAAUA